AUGUCUCUCAAGCGAAAGGGAACAAUGGAAGAUAUUUUCCAAUCGAGGUCGAUCAAGUUCUUCGUCGGCACCGAGGGGAAAGAGUUUAGCGUCCACGAGGCCUCUUUGGGCGCCGUGUCUGGACCCCUCAAAGCGCUUCUCUCGGGCGGCAUGAAAGAAUCGCUAGAGGGGAUCGUUGUCUGGGAUGACACCGAGUCCUCAACCUUUCUCGGACUCGUCGAAUUCGCGUACACCGGUGACUAUUCUGUGCCCGAUCUUCGCCAGACCGACGAGCCCCGACCAAAACAUGUCACUAUGGCAUCCUUUUCGAAGAAAGAUCAGCAGGAUGACCCUGGAGUGCAUUUCCCCUCGAUGCUUUCCGAGAUGAACAGCGACCGGAGUGCCGGAGCUUAUGUCACGAUAACUGACACCAGACUUAAGUUCUGCGAGAAGCACUUCGACGAGGGCAGAGAGAACCCGCACGAAAACCUUCCCUUCGCGCGCGAUAUGGAAAAGAACGACCGUACCGGAUAUCACGGUGUCUUCAUGCACCAUGCCAAGCUGUACGUCCUGGCCGACAAGUACGUGGCUGUCACGCUCAAGUCGUUGUGUCUUCAGCGAGUGCGCGUCAGCCUGCGCAAUGUUCCCGGGAGCCCGGAAUUCGUGGAUGUUCUACGCGAUCUUGUUGUCUACGUGUACGACAACACCACGGCAUCUGACGAACUCCGUCGUCUGUUAGUCAGAUAUUGCGUUGCGCGGGUCUUCUGGUUCAAAGUUUGCGGGUUUCUUCAACGGAUGCGGAAGGAGCUGCCGGAAUUUAUGGCCGAUGUCCUGUUGGAGUUCACUCCUUCUUUGUGGUUCGAGCUUGAUAAUUGCAUGUGCGGCACUUAUAAUUAA